AUGCUCUGCGUUCGAAACCUUGCCGGACGCGAGCUCGUGACGUCGACUGAAGCGGAGGUUGCUUCCUUGGCCGAUGCACAUGGCAGUGUCAUCAAGGGCAUUGAGCAGCUCUUAUCCCCUCUUGUCGGCCAGCCAUGCUUUCGACUGAAGCUCCUUUCCGGAGAUGGGGUAAUGAAUGAAGAUGCCGCCUUGAAGCUGCCGCUUGAGUUGCAGGUAGCCGUUUGUGACUAUGUCGAGUCUGAUACAGGCGAUGUUGACCGGCUUUCAGACGCCAGUCAAGCAAAUGACGCUGCUGCGGUUGAGGCCUUGCUGCGGCGCCCUCAAAACCCAGAUUUGGUAGAUUCCCGUGGUCGGACAGCAUUGGUAGCGGCCGCCAGUAGUGGGGCGCUGGAGAGUCUCAAGCUACUCGUGUCCGCGUGGGCGGACCUCAACAAGCCUUGCACGCGGACUGGUGCCACAGCUGUCUUUGCCGCAGCUAUGAAUGGUUACCUUGAUGGUGCGACUCCUGUCUUCGUCGCAAGUAUGAGCGGUCACCUUGACUUGGUGCGCUUGCUGAUUGAGUCGGGUGCCGACAAGGAUAAGGCAAAUAAUUAUGGGGCAACACCCGUUUGGAUCGCAGCUUACCAUGGUCACCUCCAUGUAGUGCGGCUGCUGAUGGAAAUGGGUGCAGACAAGGAUAAACCCACGUGGGACGGUACAACACCUUUACUCGUCGCAAGCGUUUCUGGUCACCUAGAGGUGGUGCGCUGGCUCAUCGAGAAGGGUGCUGAUAUCGACAGGGCAGGUGAGACUGGCGUGACACCCAUCCUUGGAGCGACUGAGAGUUGUUACCUCGAAGUCGUGCGCUUGCUGAUUGAGAAGGGUGCCGACAAGGAUAGAGCAAGCAAACGUGGCUUGACGCCUCUCUUCCUCGCCAGUCAGAACGGUUGCCUUGACAUAGCGAGUUUGCUGAUCGAGAAGGGUGCCGACAAGAACAAAGCCAUCAAUAAAGGCGCAACGCCUCUCGCCAUUGCAAGAGGGAAUGGUCACCUUGACGUGGUAAGCCUUCUGAUUGAAAAGGGUGCCGACGAGGACGAUGGCGCGACACUUUGGCGUGGUUCUUUUGUCAUGUGA